GAGUCACGGUCCCGCCAGUCCACGUGAUUCGAAGUGGGAUGCAGAGAGUGCCGGGAAUAAUAGCGUGUAUUGCAUUUAUCUAGGUAUUAUUAUUCUGGUUGUGGAGGAACAAUAUUAUUCUGCAAGCAUACAAGAACAGGUCGACAGCAACUGAAGCCAUUAUGUCGCUCCUUGAGACCAUCGAUCUGUCGCAUCUGCCCCCUUCCACUCCCGUGCAUAUUGCUCUCUAUCGAGAUGUAAAGAAUGCCCCCUUCCUCAGGCAGCAGCUUCUGUCGGGAAACACCGAAUUCGAAUAUGCAUUUAUUGAUGCGAGCAUGAUUCUUUCGAGGACGCACAUUCUUGCAGCUACUUUCCGGGCCGUCAAUGAUUACCUAAACGGGCGACUAAAGUCAAGAAACGUGCAUUCUGAAAUCGUCUUUAGCCUAAGUCCAAACAAUAAUAUCGCGGAAUCGUUCCGCAAAUUUGGCCUGACAGAUGCCACGAAGGAUUUGUUGGUGAUCAAAGUCUCUGUGAGCCCAGAGAUCACCCAUGAUUCAGUAGCUCAGCACCUGGAAAAGGUUGUUGAAGGCAGCCCUGUUCCCUUCAGUGAUGAGACAUUAUCCACCAUAUCCGAUGUCAGCAAAAUCAGGAAAGCAUACAAGCUGGGAGCCGCGCCCGCGAAGCCUACAAAGGCUACUUCCGAUCAGGUGAAUGGAACCCACUAUAGCAGCCAGAAAGAUCUGCAGGUUGCACUCUUGGGUGCGAUUGCAUUGCGUGGAGCUACUUGAUCGCCCUUGAGACAGUUCUUCGACCCGUUGCCUACUGAGCGGUUGAUAUAUGCCGGGGAAUAAGCAGAACCGGGCUGGAAACCAUUGCUUGACCCUUCGAAUCCGGGAAAUUUACUUAUGAUGGCUCCCAUCUCACAUGGCAAGCCGUGGUUCUUUCUACAGUGAUGGAGCUCCAUUGGAUAUUGGAUAUAAGGAGUCAUUUACUGCAGGGGCG